AUGGGGUCGAAGGACACAAUGAUGGGAACAUACAACCGUGCCGGUGAGGUUAAAGCAUUCGACGAGAUGAAAAUCGGCGUAAAGGGUCUUGUCGACGCCGGAGUCACAAAAAUCCCACGCAUUUUCCAUCACCCGCAAGUCACUUUAACAAACCCUAAACCCUCCUCCACGGUGACUAUCCCAACAAUAGAUCUUGCAGGAGGCUUGUUCGAAUCCAAGGUCAUGCGAGAGACCGUAAUCGCCAAAGUGAGAGAAGCGGUUGAGAAAUUUGGGUUUUUCCAAGUGAUUAACCAUGGGAUUCCGGUUGAUGUUAUGGAGAAGAUGAAAGAUGGGAUUCGUGGGUUUCAUGAGCAAGACUCAGAAGUGAAGAAAACGUUUUAUAGCCGUGACAUCACCAAAAAGGUUAAGUAUAAUACGAAUUUCGAUCUCUAUAGCUCUCAAGCUGCGAAUUGGAGGGAUACAUUGACUACAGUUAUGGCUCCUCAUGUCCCAAAAGCAGACGACUUACCAAAGAUUUGUGGAGAAAUCAUGCUGGAGUACACAAAACGUAUGAUGAAAUUAGGGGAGCUAAUCUUUGAGCUUUUGUCAGAAGCUCUUUGUUUAAGACCUAACCACCUCAAAGAUAUGGACUGUGCAAAGAGUUUGUCGUUGCUGUCUCAUUACUACCCACCUUGUCCAGAACCUGAUCGAACUUUUGGCAUCAGUUCACACACUGAUAUAUCUUUUAUCACUAUUCUUCUUCAAGAUCACAUUGGAGGACUUCAAGUUCUCCAUGAUGGAUACUGGAUCGAUGUUCCUCCUAAUCCAGAAGCUCUUAUCGUUAACCUUGGAGAUCUCUUACAGCUUAUAACGAAUGAUAAGUUUGUAAGUGUGGAGCAUAGGGUUUUGGCAAAUAUAGAGGAAGAACCACGCAUUUCAAUUGCAUCUUUCUUCAUGCACACCAUACCAAAUGAGCAAGUGUAUGGACCCAUUAAAGAGCUUAUGUCCGAAGAAAACCCUCCCAAGUAUAGACACACCACGACGACCGAGGUGGCAAGACACUACUUGGCUAGAGGACUUGAUGGGACCUCACCGUUGCUCCAUUUCAGGAUCUGA